AUGCAGCAUUAUCCACCAGAUGCAGGGAGGCAAUACCUCCCUCCUCCUCCAGGACCUCCUCCUCCAACAGCCACACCCGGUCCUCCGAUUGGUAUACACAUCCCUCCUCCGCCUCCUCGUCAACUUGGAGGCACAUCGCAUGGAAUGCUUCCACCCCCUCCACAAACUGCCUACUGGAAUCAGCAGCGGCCAACAUACCCACAAGGCCAGACGUACAACCCUCAAUUGUUCUCCAACUAUCAACACAACCAAUUCCCACCCCCGCCGCCUCCGCCAGAGCAACAGCCGUUAACAUCUGCAACCUACAUUCCGUACGGGGAGUCCUUUGGGCCUGGUGUUGGCAUUCCACCCUUACACACACCCUCUAGAUACCAGGAUCCUACUUAUUUCCGGGAGGACUACUCCGCAAACACAGACAGCUCCAGGAAUACAGGUGGCACACCCAAUACUGCAGACACCACUAUUACCACCCCAGACUUUUACAACGGUGACAACCGGUCCUACAAUAAUGUUCCACCGACGCCACCCUCGCACCCCUCGAAUUCGCGCAUGCCAAUCAACGUUGGCCUUGCUCAAAAUUAUCAGUCUUCGGGUCCUCCCACUGCCACCGUUUCGAAUCCACAGCCUCAUCGGCAACCCACCUAUGUGCUCCACCCACGUAGGAAUGACAGCACAGCACGCCAAGGAAACACACCAGUUUCACCUUCAGGUCAAGGGGCUGAAUGGCCUAUGGACCGAGUGGUUCAAUUACUCAUUGAAAACGACUUUUCAAGGGAUUGGCAAGAGACGUUCAAACACAUGAAUCUAUUCGGCGCACAGUUCUUGGAGAUUGGACGAGGGCAUGGUUCAAAGACGAACGUUGCGAUGAUGCAUCAGGUGCUCUACCCCAAGCUAGCGCAGCAGUGUACCUCGAGUGGCACCGGCUGGGAUCAAGAACGGGAGAGACAUGAGGGUCGACGUUUGCGGAGGCUCGUAAGGAGCAUUGUGGAAAACACUCCACAAAGCCACAUCAGAAUCCCGGGCCGACAAACUUCUCAGUAUCUGACCAGUGCUGGUACUGACGGCACCCUAGAGAACUCGCCAAAUCUGAGAAAUCAAAACUUUACCCCUACAACUGCUGGAGACGGCGAACAAAGUCCUGGAUUUGGUAUGCCAGCUCCGGGCCAGUCGCCCGCAGGAAUCGUUCGCCGCUAUUCAACCCAACAGCGCAAUGUCAGCACGCCAUCAAACCAUCAAAGUCAACAGUCGAGUGAUUUCGAGGAUGCUUCGUCGGAAAAAAACCUUGGACCAUGGCCCAAGCCUCAGAGCCCAAGCGGCUCUGGUGACCAUAGCGCAGGUGGCUCGUUCAAUCAUCGUGACCAGCUCAAGUCUGCAAGCCCACAGCAGAGCCCAGGCUUGACCGCAGUGCGAUUGCAGAACAACAGCAGUAAUGGUGCGCCCUCCAACCGUUACUACCAACCCAAUCGUCGCAACAGCUCCGAAUCUAACCCUGUAGUCACCCAAAACCUAGCUGGAGGCCCGACGUCGGCAAAGGCUAGCAAGGAUCACAGAAAUGGCCACCCUACCUCGCACCCGAUGGAACAAUCCAUGAGCAACGAGCUACCCAGUGCUACCAGUCAACAUAAAUUUUCAUUGCAGAAGAUUUUCAGCCGGCGAAAUAAGCCGGCAGAGCCAUCGCCGGACGAAUCGAGUCUAGAUGGCGAGUCGAGCCCUAAUCAGGCGCGAACUACGCCAUACGGUUCUUCUUUCCUCAAGAACUCCAGCGACGUCUCGCUGAACGAUCGGCCCACCUCAAAUCGUUCGGAGGACAAGGGCAUUUCUAGAACACGCUCCAAGAACAGAGACAUUGAACCACGUAGGUUCGCAUUCGUCACACCCGAUGGGUGGAACUACCGCCUGAUCGAUAUCACGGAUUGCCAAUCCGCUUCCGCAAUGAAGGAGGCAAUCUGUGAUGGCCUUGGGAUUCCAUUCACAAUGGACGUAUCCUACUACCUAACCUCGCCCGGUCAAACAGAGCACGAUGACCCUUUGUCCGAUAAGAAGCUUCUCCGCUAUCGCGAGUCACAUGGAGAUCCAGUUUCAGGACUCAAGAUUCUGGUCAGCGCUCCGAACUACUUCCCACACUCGGCAGGUUCCGGUCUUGCGUUUGCUCAUGGGGGGCUUACAUCACCGUUCGGUCGGGCUACUUUUGAAAAGCCGCGCGAUGACGCUCUUUUCAAUCGUGUCAGGGGUACUCACGAUCCUGACUCUCCAAGCGGAACACGCUCCGGUGAGUCGACUCUGGUGCCAGAAAAUAAGGUCCUGCGAUCGAACUUGGGUAAGAAUGGUGACAUAUCCGCCGAGCCCUCGAGCGCGCGUUCAAAGACGGAUCGCACUUGGGACGUUGGCGAAGAGAGAGAAUGGACAGAAGUGGAGCGUCGCGAUCUUUCCGCCGAAUCCGAGCGCUACCGACAAGAGGCGCAGCGCAAACAGGAUCACUACCUCCAAGAGCGUCGGCAGAAGUUAAAGAGAGAGUCGACCAUAGAUUCUCCAGGAAUCAGAGGUCCGGGUAUCAUCAAUUUUGACGAGCGACGAGACUCGCCAUACGAAGACAGCCAGAAACCAUCUGAGGAAGCCAGGACGAAGAAGAAGCUGGUACCACAGAGGGAGCCACCACCGGUGCCACCAGAUUCCAGCACUCUCAUCAAGGCGAACUCGUUGACUAAGCGUAGCAGCGGUAGCUCGGAGAAUCGAAAAUCCGGUGAUUCUGCCGCCUCGAUUGACCCCAACCGUCGAAAAGCAAUCCCAUCAAGCGUCGCAGGCCUCAGCCAUAUUAGUGCCGCACUGGCUGGCGCAGGAAAUGUUGGGGCGCUUGUCGGAGCUCCAGAACGAGCCAAAAACAAUUCCAGACCAUCCUCGUCACAAUCACGGGAGGAGACAUCCGCCAAGUCAAGACGCCCUGGGGCAUUGGCAUCGAUCGAAUACAACUCACAGAGUGCAUCUGCAAGAGGCACGAGUCCAGGUGGGUCUCCUCGUAGUCCCGGCUUCACCAUGAGCAAAGGAAAUGUUGCGUUCAAGAUUCCUGACUAUGAAGAUGAUUUUCCAGAAGACCUAGCUUUAGACAGCAAGCCCGCCCUUACUUUGCAGACGCAGCCCAAUCCAACUGUCGCCAGGCUCAGAGAGCCCCAACCCAGGUUACGUACACCAGAUAUAAGUCCCUCUUCAUCGCAUCCGCCAAGAAAUGCGCUGUCACGCGAGUCGUCCCGCAUCUCACACUACGUCGGCACCAUUGAUUUUCAGGAGUCUCAUGUUCCUUUUGCCACAAACUCGACCGAUGACUUGUCGGAUUCGGACGAGGAGUCUGAUGACGGUCUUUUUGCCAUGCCACUCGCCAAGACGGCCAAGACAAUGCCACCAACACCAUCCAAGAGCAAGGCUGCCAUGGCUGAUGAUUUCUCGAGCCAAAGACCAUCUUUGACAUUGGAAACAUCAAAAUCCAAACUGGCAUUUGAAUCUCCCGAGAGGACUGCCUUGACUAAGAGUGCUUCUACAGACGGUACCGAGAUAGAGUCAAAACAGUCCGCCCUUCCAUCAAGCAGUAUCGAUACACCACACGAAGAGCCGGAUUUCGGUCGACGCGGCUCAACAUUUACACAAAACAUAUGGGCCAACAGACCUCCGGCUGAAGCGCUUGUAGAGCAUCUCGACGAGUUCUUUCCCAACGUCAAUCUCGAUCAAUCCAUCGAAGACGAGGUCAAUUCACCACCCAGCUCGCCGCUCGGAGGUGGAGCAGAAGCUAGCAAUAAGUCUUCGACAAACGUCAGCCGCGCGACGACGCCAAUGUCAUCCGCUGAUGACGAGGGCGACGUGCUGGGCUCAAACGAGUCUACACUCAAGAGGGGCGAUACUUACAAGACAGUGGCGCAGCGCAAUAUUCGUCGUUCGGGUGGGUUGAACAGAUCAAAGUCCAUCCGUGAGGUUGUGAAGGGCGCAUACCAGCACCCUGACAAGAGGUCCAUGCCAGGACCAGCGAGGAUCAGCACUAUCAAGUCUGGAGAUAUCACGCGUCGGAAGAGCACGAAAAUGUUCAACGCCAAGAUUGAGCAGGUCAAGCCUUCACGACAGAGUAAGUUGAUUCCACUCGAUACAAUCCCGCAAGAUCAGAUUCCUGUUCCACAACGCCAGCAGACCUUCAAAUGGGUCAAGGGUCAACUCAUUGGCAAAGGCACGUUUGGUCGCGUGUACCUCGGCAUGAACUUGACCACCGGUGAACUUCUUGCCGUCAAACAAGUCGAAGUCAAACAGCAAGCUGCAGGUCAAGACAAGGAGAAGAUGCGCGAGCUCGUGAAGUCACUCGACAUUGAGAUCGACACGAUGCAACAUCUCGACCAUCCUAACAUCGUGCAAUACCUUGGAUGCGAGCGCAAGGAAAUGUCCAUUUCCAUCUUCCUCGAGUAUAUCUCUGGUGGCAGCGUCGGCUCUUGUCUGCGCAAACACGGCCGUUUCGAAGAGAAGAUAGUUUCUAGUCUCACUCGCCAAACCCUCCUCGGGCUUGCAUAUCUCCACGGCCAAGGCAUCUUGCAUCGCGACCUCAAAGCUGAUAACAUCCUGCUCGACCUCGACGGGACUUGUAAGAUUUCCGACUUUGGCAUCUCAAAGAAAACAGAUAACAUUUACGGCAACGACGUCUCGAAUUCCAUGCAAGGUUCUGUCUUCUGGAUGGCCCCGGAGGUCAUCCGCGCCCAAGGCGAAGGGUAUUCAGCCAAAAUAGACAUCUGGUCUCUCGGCUGCGUCGUGCUCGAGAUGUUUGCUGGUCGUCGACCCUGGUCCAAGGAGGAGGCUAUUGGUGCCAUCUACAAGCUUGGAUCCUUGAACCAAGCACCGCCGAUUCCAGACGAUGUGAGCUCCCAGAUCACGCCGCAGGCUCUGAGCUUCAUGUACGAUUGCUUCACAAUUAACACUAUGGAGAGGCCGACGGCGGAGACGCUGUUGCGCGCGCCCUUCUGCUUCAGCGAUCCGCACUACAACUUCCUGGACACGGCGCUAUACGCGAAGAUUCGGGACGCUUAUAAUUAG